UUUUUUUCAACAAUGCUCAGCGCGUCCAAGGCGUGGGUCGCGAGCAGCGUCGUGCUCUACACCAAGUGUCUCGUGACGACGGCGAUCCAAGGCGGGAAGCGAUUCGCCGCAGGUAGCCGCCCGCCCGAGGACAAGAUCCUGACGCAGUUCAACCCGACCAAGCAGGCGCAGACCUUUGAUACGGCCGCCGCGACCGCCGCCGCCCGCGAACAGGACAUUCGCUGGGAGCGCAUCGUGCGCAACGACCUCGAAAACAUCCCGAUCGGCCUCCUUGUCGCGUGGGGCGCGGUCCAGUCGGGCGGCGUCGAGGCGGUCACGACAGGCGCGCUCGGCGCGUUUACUGCCGCCCGUGUCUACCACACGUACGCGUAUGCGCACGGGCUGCAGCCACAUCGCGGCAACGCGUGGAUGGUCGGCACGGCCGCUGUACUUGUCAUGGCGCUCAACAGCCUCUAUGGCCUCGCGACGGCCACGCCGCCCACUGACAAGGCAGCCGCGUAAAUCGCCAUGGAAUAUUCGAUUGGCAAAAACAAUUGGCGUGACUUUGUACCUAUAGAGGGCGCGAGCAUAUCGACUAUGUAGUAGCGUUUACGGGUUGUCAUGCGUGCAUAUUUGCCAGCCAAGUUCCCCUUUAAUAAGCAACAGCCAGGUGAUAAAAUGUCCAUAGGUGGGUUCCCUUCUUGCCAAUUAUCCGUGUUGUAAGGAACAACAAGGCUAAGACCAACCGGUGUGGAUGCCCCAAAUACAAACUGAAGUCAAUGAAUGGGAUCUACUAGUAGGCCCAAAAAUUACCUCGUGACUUCCUCGCGACUGGCACGAGACAUCCUCGUAACCGACUAACGACUGACUAGCGACCGACUAGCGACCGACUAAAUAGCUACUAACUACCGACUAAAAACAAACUAAUGUUCG